UGUCGCCUGGCAACGGGGCGAACGCUAAGCGGCCGGAAGAGGCGCGAAGCCCAUCCUGUGAGGAUCUCUCUCUCUUUCAGCGAUGUCCAAGUUCGGCAAGAGGAAGGAGGUGCUGCGGCCUAACAACAUCCUCCAAGGAGGCCUCCUCACGAAAGACCCUUGGUAUCUUUCUGGAUCAGCCUCUUCUGUAAACCCUCCAGGUUUUGAGACAAGGAGAGGAAGAUUUCCUAUCUGGCCAGAGUGGAAUGAAGCUGAUAUCAAUGUAGAAAAGUGGGAUGCAGGGAAAGGAGGAAAGGAAAAAGACAAAGCAGGAAGAAGCCCUCUUUUACACUUCUUUGAAGAUCCAGAAGGAAAAAUUGAACUUCCUUUUUCUUUAAAAGUGAGUUCCUGGAAGAGACCACAAGAAAUAUUAAUCAAUAAGGUGCCUGUGGUUGUAAAAAAUGAAACUUGGUUUGACCUCUUUUCACCCAAUGAACAUUUAAUGAACAGUGAGCUGAUGCGAUGGAUAAUAAGUGAGAUCUAUGCAGUUUGGAAAAUAUAUAAUGCAGCAGUUUUAAGUCCUGAGGCUAAAGCUAACACCAAUGAAGUGCCUGUGCUUUUGUGGAAGCCAUGGGAACAUAUUUACGCAUUAUGUAAAGCUAUCAAGGGACAUAUGCCAUUGUACAAUACAUAUGGAAAAUAUGUUGUAAAAUUGUACUGGAUGGGAUGCUGGAGAAAAAUCAUUGUAGAUGACAGUAUACCCUUCAAUGAAGACAAUUGCAUGUUGCUUCCAACAACAACAUGUGAACUUGAACUUUGGCCAAUCAUAUUAUCCAAAGCCAUCAUUAAACUAGCAAACAAUGAUAUACACGACAAUGGAAAAAGAGAACUGGGGGAAUUCACAGUUCUGCAUGCACUUACUGGAUGGAUACCAGAAAUUAUUCCACUUCAGUCUGGAUAUUUGCAUAAAGUGUGGGACUUCUUAAAAGAAAUAUUGCCAGAAUUUAAGUUUCCUGAAGAAUCGCCCCCUGAAACUAAAACAUCACUUCAGGAUGCCAAAAAAGAUCUUAAAACUUCUGAGAUUAAAAAUGAAGCUGCGCCUGUCAUUAAACCACCAGAGAAGCCAGAAAAAGCUGAGAAACCUGGCAAAGCAGAAAAGCCAGAUCAAAAAGAAAUUGGAAAGAAGAGAAGCAAAGAUGGUGAAAAGGAUAAAUCUAAGCCUGGACGAAUGUCUGCUGACUAUCAAAGUUCUCUUCAGAUGUUUCUUGAUGGUUCUGGAGUGCCACUGCAGCCUCAAAUGGUGGCCUAUGCUUACUAUUUGCCUCUUUAUGUAUCUGAAAAAAAAAUCUUUGUAUUAGAGAAAAUGGCAGAUUCUUCUGAGAAGUUGCGAGAGUAUGGUCUUUCCCAUAUUUACAGCCACCCUGCACUGCUAACUAGGACAAGGUCAGGUCCACUGGUAGCACCUCCGAAACCCCCAUUUGUGCCACGCUGGAAACUUAUACGCCAAAAGAAAGAAACAAUUGUGACAGAUGAACCCCAAGAACCUGUGAUUAAAAAGCCAGAACAAUUUAUUGAGCUUGCUAGUCCUUUCGUGAACUUCAGACUUUUUGCAAUGCCUAUACCAAGAGACACCCAUUUCCCACCAUCUACCUUCAAAAGGGGAUCACUUCCAGUAUCCAACCUCGCUUCUGUCACGGAAAGUGAUGAAAAUGUAAUUGAAAUGUAUGGAGAUUCAAAUCCCAUGAGUACAGAAGAUAAUUCUCAGGAAUCUACAUUACUUUCCAAUUUAGUUCCGCAACAUCCUGUCGAAGGAUCCACUAAAGGUGAAUCAACUGAAAAAAUGAGUAGUGAAGCAGCUCAGUUACUUGAAUCAACAGAUGCUGCUUUAAGCACCCAAAUAGUAAACAAAACUUCAGAAGAAAUUGAGGCAGAAAAGAACCCAAUUUCCAAGGAAAUAUGGAUGGACUAUGAAGACUUCUGUGUUUCUUUUCAGAAGCUUUAUGUUUUCCAUAAACCAAAUACCUAUGCCUACACCUAUCAGAAAUCGGAUUUUAGGAUGAUGGAUGAACGUGUGUUAUAUUAUUUAUGUGUGGAUAGUUUGAAGCCCACGGAUAUUCUGGUUAAUUUUUCUGCGUUAGUGCACUGGGGAGACAUGGGAGUUGCACAAAAAGAAGGCCAUGUUUUGCCAAAGGGAUUUCUUAUUGUGGAAAAUUAUUCGUGGAAGAAUCUGGCUCCAGGACAAUUAAUCUUAAAGAUCCAUACAUAUGCUUCUAAAGCCGCUGUUAUAUGUCUUCCUGCUGGGCGCCAUGUUUUGCUCUUCACUGCAAGUUCUCCCAUAGGGCACCAUAUUCAAGUGUGCAGUAUGGUGCCGUGUGUCUUUGGUGAAGAGGAUAUUGUUCUUCCAAAUCUUGAAAAGGAGAGCUACCGGUUUAUGGAACAAGCCUCAGCUAUCAUGAAAGCCCUUGGAAUUGUGCUCAUUAAUUUUGGGAAUGCAGAAAACCUUGCCAAAGCUAUGAAAGACCUGGAAUUGGCACACUGCCCUCCUGACCUCAGUGGCACAGGAAUACUGAGAGAGCACUUCAAGGUUUUCAAUAGUGCUUUUUGGCAUUUGAUGAAACAAAUAUUAGGGAAUGUUCCUCCUAACUAUGUGUUUGCUUACAAAAGUUUCACUUUGGAUGUUAAACACAGUGAUGUGUCUGUUGAAGAUACUGCAUCCUCAGAGGUGACAGACACAAAUGUUUCUCCUUCGCAAAACAAGGACCCCACCCCAGAAGAAGAAGAGGCUGCUCUUAAACUUCAAGCUGCCUGGCGAGGAACUUAUGUCAGACUAAUAAUGAAUGGCCGAAAACCAGGCACAAAGGCGAAUGCUAGAGUCAAAGAUACACUCCAGAAAUUGUGGGCACUAAUUGAGCCAAAUUUUGAACUAUGUUCUUUGACAUUUUUGAGAGAUAUGUUUAAAAGUAAAUGCAAAUCAAUAGAAAAAUAUCGUUGCUAUGAAGAUGAAUGGACUAAGACAUCUUUUGCUGAUUAUACAGUUACAUAUGCGGAUCAGCCUCCAAAUUUUUGGUUUGUGAUCUUCAGGGAAGUAUUUUAUGUUCCUGAAGAUAUGUCCAUAGUGCCAAAGUUCUAUUCAGCCAUACCUACCUGCGUGCUGCACGUUGUCAACAAUGACACAUUGGAAGAAAUACCAAAGAUCUUUCUCAGGGUUACACCACAUCUUUAUACAAAGAAUAAGAAAGGAUAUACUUUUAUGGCUGAAGUUCAUACUGGAGAAUCACCUGUGAUGGCAGGAAAGUGGAAGCUUCGGCUUAUAGGUUCUGGCAGCCCCCUUCCAAUUCUAUCUCGAGAGGCUGUGAACAAUUUGUAUUCCAUUAAAGAAGUUAAGGACUAUUAUGUGCCAAAUGAUAAACAUAUAAUAUUCAGAUAUUCAGUAAAAGUCACAAUGCCACUCAUUGCUACUGUCCAGGUUCAGACCUCUAAACCAGAUACAAUAGUUAAACUACAGGUUCUGGAUUCUGAGGAAGAAAUGGUGAAUUCUUUUGGAAAGGGGCAUGUUGUCAUUCCAGCAUUUCAUUUCAUAUCUUCUGAAAGGCCUUCAAGUAGUUUUUCAACAGCAAGUAAAGGUGGAGUAGUUCAAAAUACUCCCAAAAAGGAGACUGAAGUUAUCACAUCUAAGAAAAAAGGUUCUCUGGCAACUCAGAAAAAUGUCAAGUCUUCAUCAAAGACAUCACAGGAAGGUCCAGUUCAAACAGAAGAAGAAACUAUAAUUGUACCUGUUAUUGAGGAAAGUGUAAAUCAGCAGCCUCACAAAUACAUUAUACAAGCUUCAGUAUUGCAUAAUAGUUGGCCACUUACAGAGAGUCAAAUGGUAUUCGUUCAAGCAUUGAAAGAAUUGGAAAAAAAUGAAAUCAAAGCUCAUUCUGCUGAGAAACAUGAAGAGAAUGUAUCAGUCCUAAAUCCAGAUAUUCACAGCAACAUGGAAGGGCAAAAAUCUGCAGGGUCAUCCAAGACAACUAGAAAAACAAAGGAAAAAACAACUGACAAAGCAGAAAAGGCUCUUAAAGAAAAGCCUCCAUCUACCAUUAGACCAGAAUCACAGCAAUCUGACCCAAACAAGCCCUUUUGGAUCUUGCGUCUAGUCACAGAACAACAAGAGAUAGAAGCUGUAGAUUUGAGAAAAGAUACAGAGAGAGCAGAUGAGAUCAAAGCAAUGAAGCAAGCAUGGGAAGCUGCAGAGCCAGGAAGGGCUGUCAAGGCUGCUCAAGAACGCAUGCAGUUUGUUAAGAAAUUCAUGCAGAAAGGUUUUGUGGUGUCUGAAGCUGGCAGUAUCAGUACACCAGUGGGCUCUGGAGAAACAGCCUCUGCUUCCCCUGCAUCUGAACCAAUGGUGUCCCCUCCAGUUGUGACUGAAACAAGCUUAGGAACUCAGCGAAAAGAAUUGGAGGCUCCAGAUAUCACCCCUUACAUUCGAAAAUCAUUGUCAAAGCCUGUGCUGAAGAAUGAGUCUAUUAUUCAAGAGCAAGAGAUGCACAAGGCAGAAGAAAUCAAUCUCUUUAGACAAUUUCGAGAGCUGGUUCUGGAACACAGAGCGCAAGAGCACAUGGCUAGGAACCGCUUAAAGCAAAAUGUACAUGAAAUGUAUGAGAAUCUUCAAGCAUCCUUGGAUGAAGCACGAGGUAAGGUUUUCAGCAUCCGGGAAGCAUACAGAUCUAAGUUACUAGAAGCUGAGCGUUUAAGACAAGAAGCCUUAGCAGCUGAAGAAGCUGCCCUUCGAGCAGAACAAGAAAAGAAAACCCCAGAUGUACAGAAGAAAAAGGGAGCAAAAGGUGCAAAAGGUACAAAAGGCAAAGGGAAGAAAAAGUAGUUUUUGCUGAAAAUCAACUGCACAAACUACUUUGCUGAUUGGAAACAGUGAUUGUUUUUUAAUAGUAUUUUAAAGAGUAUGGCUUUGGUUUGUUUUGUUUUUUCAAAGUUCAUUUAUUAUUACAUCAUCCUUUUUAAAAUGAUGCUUCUGAUUUAAAAUUGUAUGAAUACCUUUUUUACAAUUGUUUUUUACCCCUUAAGGGCAAUAAAUGUUUGCAAUGAAAUUGUUUGCAUGCCUUUCAGCAUUUUCAGCUUGUUUUCAGAAUGAACUAAAA